AUGCCGAACGAAAUCAAAGAUAUCACCACCCGCGACGAAUCGUCCUUCCCCUACAUCUACGAGCAGAAUGUUUCCAUUUCCCUGAAAGACGAAUCAGGCGUCGUCCGCGUCAAUGUCUAUCGCCCCAAGGGCUCAGAAAAGGUCCCCGUCCUGGUAACAUAUGGACCCUAUGGAAAGGAUAUUCCUUACAAGGACUUCCAUCCCCAGAGCUACAGCGAGGUCAACCCCGAGCAACGCUCCGAGCAUUCGUCCUGGGAAACCCCCGACCCAAAGUAUUGGACCAGCCAGGGCUAUGCAGUCGUGCGUGCCGAUGAGCGUGGUACCGGACAGUCGGUCGGCAAGCUCGACACCAUGUCCCGGGGCACGAGCGAAGCCUUCUUUGACGUGGUAGAAUGGGCUGCCGAGCAACCUUGGUCUUCUGGAAAGGUCGGUCUACUGGGAAUCAGUUAUUACGCCGGUAGUCAAUGGCGGGUUGCAGCGCGGCAACCGAAGGGACUCUCUUGUAUCAUUCCCUGGGAAGGCAUGUCAGACUAUUACCGCGAUCGAUGCCGACACGGUGGAAUCCUGGCCAACUCGUUCAUCAAGUUCUGGUGGGAUCGCCAGGUCGUGAGUAACCAGUACGGACUCCCCGGCCGAGCAGCGCGAAACUGGGGCCCCGAUACAAUCGAGGGCGAUCUGUCUGAAGAAGAACUCAUUGAAAAUCGCCAAGAUCAGACGAUCGAUAACGCAGAGAAUAAAUUCCGCGACGACCUGUACUAUGCCUCUAAGGAGUAUAGCAUGUCAGACAUCCAAGUCCCUCUCCUCUCAGUCGCAAACUGGGGCGGAAUCCUCCUCCACCUCCGCGGCAACAUCGAAGGAUGGACACAAGCAGGCUCGGAACUAAAAUACCUCCGCUUCAUCGCCGGCCGCCACGAUCUCCCCUUCUACUAUUCGGAAGAAGUCGAGGUUCAACGCAGUUUCCUUGACGCAUUCUUGAAAGAUGACGACCGCGCCGGCUGGUCGACCGGCAAAGCUCCCAAAGUCGACAUCCUCCUCCGCAAAGGCGAUGUGGGAUUCAACAACGCGGAAGCAGAGAAGACAUUCCCCCGACGCAUUGAGCACGAGUGGCCUAUCGCAAGAACCCAGUAUACGAAAUUCCAUCUAACUUCAUCCCGCGAGCUGCUGAGCCACGCACCGAUCGAGAAAAAGAGCAGCAAAAUCUCAUACGCGGCUCUGGGCACGAUCGAGAAUCCCUCCGUCGUCCAAUUCAAAACCGCGCCAUUCGAGAAAGAAACUGAAAUCACAGGCCACAUCGUCACACACCUUAACGUCUCAAUGAGCGCUAACGCCGGCUCCACUACACCGCAAGAUCUUGACCUCUUCGUGACGUUGCGCCACAUUUCACCUGCUGGAAAGGAGGUCUUCUACACCGGUACAGCCGGUGACCCCGUACCUCUUUGCAAGGGUUGGUUACGCGUGAGCAUGAGGAAGGUGAAUGAGAAGCAUGUGCGGCAUCGGGAAUAUUUGCCACACCGCGAUUACUGUUCUAGUGAUGUGUUGCCUGUUCUUCCUGGUGAGGUUUACCCGGUUGAUGUGGAGGUUUGGCCUACAAAUGUUGUUGUUGAGAAGGGGGGAAGUAUUGUUCUUGAGGUUUCUAGUGGCGAUACGCAGGGGUCUGGGAUCUUUUUGCAUAAUUCGUCGGUUGAUCGGUCGGUUGAACGAUUCGAUGGUCAGAACCAUAUUCAUUUUGGGAUUGGGGAGAAUUAUGUUACUCUUCCUAUUAUUCCGUGA